UGCUUCUUCUAGUGUGAUUAAUGCAAUUAUUAACACAAAAGAGUUUGGAAAACAUCCAAUUACACUAAAAAGGAAUGAAUUUGGUGAAUUUCAUCAUUUAUAUAAUGAUUUAAGAAAAUAUCCAGCUAAAUUUCAACAAUAUACCCGAAUGAAAAUUGAAACAUUUGAUUACAUUCUGGACAAGAUAGGUGUGAAACUAAACAAAAACUGGACAAAUUUUAUUAAGGUGCCAGUAACUUCUUGCGAAAGAUUGAUAGUGACUCUGAGAUAUUUGGCUACUGGUGCAUCGUUUGCGUCGCUGGCUUUUUCGUUUAGACUUGGCAGAUCAACUGUUGGACUAAUUGUUAAAGAAACAACUCAAACGCUAUGGGAGGAGUUAUUUCCUGUCCAUAUGCCGCCGCCAACUAAAAAACACUUGGAAGAAGUUGCAGCGCAAUACUGGAAUUUAUGGAACUUCCCAAAUUGCAUUGGUGCUAUUGAUGGAAAGCACAUACGUAUCAAGUGUCCAGCAAGUUCUGGCUCAAUGUUUUAUAAUUACAAACAUUUUUUUUCCAUUGUGUUACAAGGUAUUUCCGAUGCCAACUGCAAAUUUAUUGCGAUCGAAGUUGGAGGGUAUGGAAAGCAAAGUGAUGGUGGUACUUUCAGUUCUUCUCAAAUUUAUAAACUUUUAAAAACUGGGGAACUACAGGUACCGCGAAGCACAAAUCUACCAAAUACUAAUCAAACUUUGCCAUAUGUGUUUCUUGGUGAUGAAGCCUAUCCCCUUUUGGAAUGUUUAUUACGGCCAUAUAGCAGAAAAGACUGCACUGAAGACCACGAGUAUUUUAAUGCGCGCCUUUCAAGGGCUAGAAAGUGCAUUGAAUGCGCUUUUGGACUUAUAAAUGCCAAAUUUAGAGUUCUAUGGAAACCGAUAGAAACCGAUCCUUCCCUUGCCGAAGUAAUUAUUAAGGCAAUUUGCCUACUGCACAAUAUUAUCAUUGAUCGAGAGCAAGGCGAAUUUAUUACAGGUGACAGCAAACACAUAUAAGUAAAACCCUACAUGUAUUUGUUGUUGCGUUUGGUGCAAGCAUCAUGUCAAAAUCAGCAAGCAAAUGUAAACAUACGAAUGUAAACAUACCAAUACAUACAAACAAAGCAUAUCAUUUUGACGUAAGCCAUAUCUACGGCGAAAAAUUCAGCUGGGUGAAUGCUGUCACCUAUAAUAAAUCCACCUUGAUCGAGAGGCUUUGGAUGAAAACUUGAGAGAAGAAGUUGAGAAGCAAAACACAAAAGAACCGCAAAAUGAAUUCAAUAAAACUAGCAUCAAGAAUGGUAGAUUAAUAAGAGAUCACUUUUGUAACUAUCUAUGCCUCAAUAAACUCAAAUAAUAUGUAAUAUUACUUACUUGGUACUUUUAUUUCUGCUGCAACUGAUGUCCACAGUUUUUCCACACAAACACGAUUGUGAUAUAAUUUGUUUUUUUGGUCCCACAAAGCAGGCCGGGAAAAAAUUUCAGGCAAA